UGGGUUGACUUGACUUGGAAUUGUGCUCAACUCUAUGAGCUGAUGAGGAAAAGGGAGGAAAGAGAGACGAUCGACAUAAGAAAAUGAAGGAAGCAAAAGCAGAAGCAGAGAUGAGUAUCAUCAGCAUGUUGCCUGCAGAAUGUAUCUCCCACAUCGUUUCCUGCACAACCCCUCUGGAUGCGUGCAGAUCAUCGCUUGUCUCUUCCCUCUUUAGAAUUGCUGCGGAUUCUGAUAUAGUGUGGGAGAGAUUUCUGCCCCAGGAUUAUAAGGAAAUCAUUUCCACUUCUUUGAACUCCUUGUCCAAGAAGGAUCUCUACUUUCAUCUUUGCAAUCACCCCAUCAUCAUAGGCAAUGGUAACAUGAGCAUGGCACUAGAAAAGCAGAGUGGCAAAAAAUGUUAUAUGGUAGGGGCAAGAGGGCUUUCAGUUAUAUGGGGAGAUACACCCGGAUAUUGGCGGUGGAUAUCUCUGCCAGAGUCUAGGUUUUCCCAAGUGGCUAAGCUCAAUUAUGUAUGGUGGCUUGACAUCAAGGGAUACAUAGAGACUAAAAACUUGUCCCCAAGAACAACCUAUGCAGCUUAUUUUGUCUAUCAGCUCUCAUCACAACACAAUCUAGGGACUGCAGCAACUCCUGUUACAUUGCGUGUCGCUUAUGAACAUAGCGCAGUUGCGGUUGAGCAUAGUGUGAUCCUAGACCCUGUAAAUUAUGAAGGUACAGCUCCUCCGCAUGCUCGAUACAGAGGCGAUGGGUGGUUUGAGAUUGAGAUGGGUGAGUUUGUCACCGAAGAAGAUAAUGCUACUGUAGUGUGUAGUCUAAUGGAAACUAGUAACUACAACUGUAAGACCGGCCUCAUUGUGGAAGGCAUUGAGCUUAGGCCCAAAGAGUGAAGGAAUUCACAGGAGGUAGUGGGAGUAGCGUUGCCUUGCCAUUUCUCAUCCUCUUGUAGGCGCUUCAGUCUUUUCUUUUGGUGUGUCCUAUGAAAUUGUUGUCCAAAACUUGGCUAGUUUUCAAACAUUCCCAGAGAUAGACUAGUAAUGGUUUGUUCUUAUGUAUGUUUUACUACUUUGUAUGUUAAGAUUUGUGUUUUUUUAUUGGUAAUGUAUUGUGGGCACAAAUAACCUUUACCAUUGCAUCGAUGAUAUUUGAGACAAAUGUCCCCAAAAUAAAUUACACUAAAAUCUAA